CAUUAUCCAUCAUAAAGUUUUUGUCACCUUUGCAAUUUGUGCCUGACGGUAUAAGGGCGCGCGAGUGGUGGCGGGGUUGGGUGGGGGCUUUUGGGUGGUAAAGAGGCGCAUGAGGAAGGAGAUGAGGAGGGGGGCGAGGGGAGGAGGGGCGAGGGGCGAGGGGGGACAGGGAGGGGCGAGGAAAGGGGCGCGUUGGGUGAAGAGGGGGAAAGGCUCGGUGGCACGCGCCUGGCGGCACGCGGGGGGGAUGAAGAAGUCACCUCCCGGCUGUUGUCCUUCUUCUUCCGCCCUGCCCUCGUCUUUCUUUCGCCAAUUUCUCGUCUUUCUGCGCCCAUUCAUCUCGUCUCGCGCCGGCAGGCGUGCGUCCAACGCUCCUCUCGCAUUUUUUCCUCUCCCCCACCUCACCGUGCACCUCUAUCACGCCGCACGCCCCUCUCUUUCCCGCACGCGUCGCCUGGCGUUCGCUUUCGCGCUCCUUCUCCUAUCGCGUUCCCUCUCCCACCACGCUAGCUUACGUUCGCCCCGUACCCCUCCUUUUGCCUUCCGCACCCUUUUCUCUCCCUUCCUGUCUUUCACCCCCUAACAACACGCCACCCUUCCCUUACCGCACUCUUUCUGUCUUUCGCCCCCCUUCCUCCUACCACACGCUGCCCUUGACCACACACAUUCUUUCACUCCCCCUACCACCCCCUUAAUCCUUCAUACGGCACGCUUACUAACACGCCCCUCUCCUCCCACCCAACAGUCCAAGCGAACGGCCUCCGGCUGGCGG